CAGUAAAAAAAAGAAAACAAGAGGAGAAGCCCGAUAUUAAGUGUAUAGUCACAAAUUUACUGCAACGCAGAUUUACGAGUACAAAUCAACGACUAUGGUUGGUUAAGGAUUUUUCGUAAAGCUCAUUUAACCAGCUGUUGUAUUGCUGCGAAUUGUAAUUGACAACACACAAGAUACAAAAAUUGACUAAAUACACUUGAACCUUUCACAAAUGAAAGGCAUUCACUUCACAGCAACAGGAUGAGCAACAACAAGGCAGUUAAUAUGGAGAAGUUGUGCGGUUUGAUUUUCGUUUUGGCCGUGGUCGCAAUCGAUUGGAGUGCGAGCAGCCAUUUGCCAACACAUCGCCUCGACUAUCCAGAGGAUGCAUUGACGCUAAAUGAGCGUUUCUUCAAUGACGUGCGUGCACUGAUAAAACGACGUCUAAAGGAAAAUGCAGCGUUACAGGAACUGCAUUUGGAUAAUGAAAAUGUAAUUAGCAUUGGCAGCAGCGGUGGCAGCAGCAGUAACAGUAAUGAGUUACAAACGAAUUUGGAACAUAGCAGCGCUGGAGGCGGUGGCGGUGGCGGUAGCAUGAAUAUUAUAACUCCACCGCCCGUGGUACCCACGCCAGUGCUGGUAGAGAAUUGGCCAACUGAAAGCCACUCCUUCGGGCAGGUCACCGCCGUUUCCAUUGAUCAACAUGGCAAUCCGGUCAUCUUUCAUCGCGCCGAUAGAUAUUGGGAUGCGAACACCUUUAAUGACAGCAACAUUUUCUAUUUGAUUGAAUAUGGACCGAUUAAGGAGAAGACUAUUUACAUUUUGGAUCCCAAGACGGGUGCUAUUAAAUCUGGGUGGGGAGAAGAUAUGUUCUACAUGCCACAUGGCUUGACCAUCGAUGUGCAUGGAAAUUACUGGAUUACGGAUGUGGCAAUGCAUCAGGCGUUUAAGUUCAAACCAUUCGAUACUCAACCGCUGCUAACCAUUGGAAAACUCUUCAAACCCGGCUCAACCAUUAAUCACCUUUGCAAGCCCACUUCUAUUGCAGUGGCCACAACAGGCGAGUUCUUCAUUGCCGACGGUUACUGUAAUAGCCGCAUUUUGAAAUUUAACGCUGCUGGACGAAUAUUGCGCACCAUACCACAGCCACCGGAAUUCCUCUCGCUGCAAGUGCCACAUGGCAUCACUUUAUUGGAACAUCUAGAUCUCCUGUGUAUUGCUGAUCGUGAGAAUAUGCGUGUGGUUUGUCCAAAAGCCGGUUUAAAAUCGUCACAGGGUGAGGGUCAGCCCGCCGCUACCAUACAAGAGCCUGAUUUGGGUCGUGUUUUUGGCGUGUCAGCUUACGGAGACAUUGUAUACGCAGUGAAUGGACCUACAUCAAUGUUGCCCGUUCGCGGUUUCACCAUUGAUCCACGCUCCGAAACAAUCAUCGGGCAUUGGGGUGAAUUCAAAAAUCCACAUUCGAUUGCUGUAUGCGUGAAUGGGUCCGCACUGUAUGUUACCGAAAUCGGUACGAAUCAUCAGACAAAUAAAGUGUGGAAAUAUGUGUUGGUUUAAGUGCACAGAACAAAGUGGUAUGAAGUGAAGUGAAGGAGGGUGAAGAGGAGUGAAAGUAUAAGAAAUGUUCAAGAUGAUGAUGAAAAGUUGUAAUAAAAACAGAAGACAAAACAAAGAGUAUUUUAAAAACAUAGCAAGCAACAAUAAUUGAAUAGAAAACAUUGAGUUCAAUAUAAAAACAAAACAAUAAAGUAUAGUUGUAAAACAAUAAACCUAUAAAGAAUCUAAUCGAAAUUAAAUGUAAUAACUUAAUAUCGAACGAGACCUUCAGUUUACACCUGAAAAAAAAAUUUUUUAAAUAAAAAAUGUGAGAAAAAUAACACAAAGCACUACACAUUUUUACCUCGAACGUAGCAAGCACCAAGUUGUGCAUGUUUUAAAUUACAGCUACAAAAGCAACUCAAGUCAUAUCUCGGAAUCACAAAAAGAAAAAGAGGAAAAGCAAGAAAAUAAUAAAAUAUGUGACCAAAAACACUUCGAUUUUAGUAAUUUCACAAAUCUUCCAUUGUCUAUAUUUGGGGAGCAUCUGCUCAGCAAGUGGUUAAGUUAUCCACACACAUACACGUAUAAAAACAUAACUAUGUAUAUCAACCACAAACGAAAGAUAACCAAAAGUAGUCACCAAUACAAUUAAAACUAUAGUAACAAUUUCUUGAAUAUAUAACAUAAAAUAAUAAUAAAUGAAACUAAAAUAUUAAAAAGUUAUAGAAGAAUGCACAAAAAACCUAUAUAAAUAUGAGAAAUAACCAAAAUGUGGUGGUAAAAGUAAUAAAGUAAAUAUUUGCGUACAAAUAGAUGAUGAAAAAAUUAGUUUAUUACAUAAAAAUGUGUAUAAAUAAUCUGCUAACCCUAUCACCCUAGUACCUACAUAUUUAAAAAAAAAGUCGUAGUAAACGUUUUAUGUGGUCUUUGCUCCGUCGUGGUAAUGAAACACCCUGUAGUAACCUACCCGGUUUGCCUUUCAAAAAUUGUAAUGGUGAUUUAUAAAAACGUUUGGUUUUAAUAGUUUACAUAUACAUACAUACACAAAAAAAAAACAUAAAUUGAUUUGUAAUUUGGCCUCCUGUACCUAAAGUAAACUUUUAACCAGUAUAUGUACAAAGAAAUGAUAAAUAAAAUUGUGUCUACCCCACUAAA